AUGGCUCCUGGAGGAAGCUUUUUGUGCAAGGCGUUUGGUAUCGAGCAAGCCUUGACAGCAGCUGGCUACGAACCUAUAGAUCGGCGUGGUCGAGCUCGCAACGUACCACGAGAACGAGGUGCAGAAUUUCAAAUACGAAACCGAAACUUUGAGUAUAGGGCGAGACCACGUACAUUCAUCGGCGUUUUCCAAAACUCACUUGCUAGUCUCCAGGCGCAACCACCGGCCGGAGCUCAACCGAGGGCUCAUAGGCGUCCUGGACCAGCUGCAGCUCCUCACUAUGGUGGAGUCUACCCUCCAGGUCCACCGGGCCCACCGGACCCUCGUCAGUAUCAGAGCCCCUAUCAGCAAGGUUAUGCUCCAACCGGCCCACCUGGGCACAUGCAGCAACAUCCUAAUGGUGUCAAUCCUGGCGGUCAUCAUGCUGGAGGACCACCUCCGGCCUACGAGAAUAUACGAGACCGCAAUCGACCUAGGAAUCGUAGUAAUAGUCGUGCGUCUAGUCAUGGAUCCGGCAGCCAAGCAGGUACGUUACCACGCCAGCCUCAUGGUGACGACCCCCUAGCACGACAGCCCCGUCUAUUCUCUUUGGAAGAAGACGAACCUUCUGGCGAUGAAUACGAAGACCAUGAUAGCGUUGACGGUUCAAAUGCUGGACCCGCUGAUAGACGUGCGAAAUCCCCUCAACCCCCUGAACCCCGACACUCUCCCCCUCCACCAAAUGACAUACCUGCCACUUCUAACGGCCGAGGUCGCGGAGCCUCUAACUCUCACAACAACCGGAACAAGAAUCGCAACAACCGCAACAAUCCGCGACGCUGA